AUGUCCUUCUUUUUUUUUUUUUUUUUUUUUCUUUUUUCCACAACAAACAUGUAUUACUGCUGGAGAUUUGUAUGGAAGAUCCACGACUGAACAGGAAUGCAUCUUUGCACUUGUUGAAAUGUUCGCUAAUCAUAAACUGAUGAUAAUCAUCACUCUGUCAAUGAUGAAUGCUUCACGUGUCUUCGCUUAAUUUUUGGUUCAUCCGUCACAGCCUGGAACAAAUACUUCUGUCUCUGUAUGAACUUCUCCUGCUCUCUGCCUCUUUGGAAAGGCCCGCCCAUUGGUCUUUGAUGAAAGUGAUAUAUCUCAGGCGCCCUUUUUCCUCCAGAGCCGCCCUCUCUGAGUUAGCACUUUUUUGGUCUCCAUUAUUUAGUCUGACUAAUGCGGUUUGCAGAAUACUUUUUAAUUGUGCCGCCGUACAAGGCAUACUAGAAAUUGAAUUUAACAGCGAGUGAAUCUUGGCCGAUGUAAUGAGAUAAUCUCAGCAUUUGAACAAUAUGUGGCCCUGUUGCUGUGCCUUAUUGUCAUGUUUCUGAGUAGAAUGAUACCAUCACCACUCCUAUUCCCAAAAGAGGAAUUGCAUGACACUCCUCAAUUGUGUGAGCAAUUUAAAGUAAGUGGAUGCCAAUCUAAUGAUGCAGUUAAUUAGAGGAUUCAAGAAGAUGACAUUCAUUAUGCACUGGAUGCUUUCUGAGCAGAAAUGCUGUCAGCCAGUGAGUUCACGUGAUUCCAUUCCAACCAUGAGACAAUAUCAAAAGUCUGCUUAGAGCCACAGAGGUUUAGGGUGUCAGAAUUAAUUGGUAAUAAUUUAUGUAUUUCACAAACGAUUUGCUUAAAGUAGAUCUGCAUUACCAUUGGACUUCAGUUAGCUGAAUCUGCUUUGGCCUUUCACUAUGAGUGUUUGAUCCUUUUUUGGUUGACAUUACUGUACCGUCCAAAAAGUCUUGCGUUACACCUUAUUCCUUUGUAUUUUGCUUCCAAGCUGCUAUAUCGGUGUAAUUUUUAAAGUGGUCUUAAAAAUAUGUUUUUUUUUUUCUUUGGACUUUGGCUGUUUUUUUCCCCUUAUUUUCAGUCCAGUCUUGUAUCUGAACAGUUUCAAGGGAUCCUUUUAAAUUGUUAAGUCACUGACCUAUGAAUCAUUUAAACAUAAACACCAAUUUCAUGGGAUCAUGUCAAAGGUAAGACAGUAUUACAGGCAUAAAAUAACAUUAUAGCACCAGCACGUCAAGAAGACGUGCCAGGCAUAAAGAAAAAACCUUGUGCAUCUUCAGCAGAUGAACAGCAUCUGAAAGUCUUGUUCUUAAGAAAUGGAUAAAAAUCCAGCAAAGAGAUGCAUCUGGCCCUUCAUUCAGUAAAUCUAUUAUUCAAGAAAGCCAUUUUUAAUGAAAAGACACAGGGUAAAGCCAGAGGAAUGCCAAAUUACACAAGAGCAUAACUGAAAAUCAACAGGUCUUGUGGAGUAUUGAAUCCAAAUUGGGAAAUUUUGGUUCAAUUCAUCACCAAUAUGUGCAAAGGAGGUCAGGAGAGAAAUACAUCAGCAAGGGUCUUUAGCCAUCUGAUUAACAACUUAAUUUUUCAAGAUGAAAAUGAUCUCAAGCUCAAUGCCAAUGCUGCAACAUUAUACGCCUUUCCCGUUUCUCUAGCAAAAUAUAUAGAAAUGAAGUGUGCUUCAAGGAUUCUGCACAGUACUGCAUAAUAUCAGGAUGUCACAUAGAUAUGCUGGAAAAAUAAGACUGGUAGCACGAAUCUUUUUCUUUUUGAAUUGAGCUCUUCGCAAUAACUGUGGCUAGGUGCUGCUAGUCCCGUUUCUGACAUACUCAGGCCAGAAAGCUAGCACAGCAAAGAAUCUAAAUUACAGAAAUGUUUCUUAAAGGAAAGGCCUCAGCUGAUAAUUAGAGUAUAGGUUCACCUCCAAUUUCAGCUUCUUUCUUUAGUUAAUCAUAUGCACAGUGCAUUCCAGGUCAUGCACUAGCUGUAUAAAGGCUAGAGUGACUGAAGCAGACAGUAAAUGCUGUUUCCUGCUUGGUGGUCUGCAUGAAUUCUUAUUAUUUGUCUUUAUUCAAGUAAACAUGAUUAUACCGUGUGCAUUUAUUCUCAGACAGAGGAGGUGAUACGCUGGUGUCUGCCGAACACGGGUGAGUCAGGAGAGGGUAGGAGGGUAGAGGACAUGAUGGGUGAGAUCGGCUGUUAACUCUCACACUGCGUGUUUGAGUUUUAUCUAUUCUUUGUGCUGCUAUUAUACAUGCUGCAUUUAUCUGUGUUUUCUAUCCUAUAGAUACAUUAGUGGAUGUUUAUAUUACAUUACAUUAAAUUGUCAAAAAUUCUAAUAAAGUCCUCAAAUGUGUAAGUCAUCCAUCCUGUUUCAAACACUUAAGAGUUUAAGUUUACUCUUGCAUGUAAUUGAGAACAGAUAUCUCUAAUACGGUCAUACACACAUAGCUCACGUCUGUGGAUGUGGGCACUGAAGCGCCAUCCAAUUCUUAUUCAAACCUUUUGUUUACAAGGGGCAUCCAAUCAGAAAAGUAAUGAAUUAAAAGUAGAAAAAAGGUUGUUUUUUUUUUCUGAUAAUGGAUAAACUGAAGGGUCAUAUCAGGUCCCAGUGUAAGGUAAACAAGGAUGCAAAGUUCCUUUUCAAACCAUGUAGUUUUCAUUAACAAACUUUUCUACAGAAAAAAUGUCUUAAAGAAUAGAAAUUUCCCACUUUAGAAAAUGCCAUUCAUCCCUAGGUUUGAAAGAAGUACUCUGUAAAGCUCAAUUUCUGGAGCACAAGUUUGAUCGUAGUCCUGUGGCUCGGGGCUAAAAGCAUGUCUGUACUCACCUUCAUGUUCACUGGUUUACUAAACAGUCGCAGUCACUGUUUCUGCCAACACCUCUGAUGUCAUCUUGCAUUUAUGUAAUUGAAAAGAGGAGUGCACAGACUUGAAGAAGAUUUCUCAGCCAAAAUAAUCAUUAACAGUUCUUAACUAUGUAUUUUCAUAGAUGCUUGAUUUAACGUCUGGUAAUGUGUGGUAAUGUCUGGCUGCAGUUUCUUUCUCCUUUUUUUGGACAUGUUCACAUACUGCACCUUUGUGUGUGAGAAAUCUGUGUAAUCUGUGCAAAUUAGGUUAAACAAGUAGUAGCAAGAGUGCUCCUAUAGCGCACCUAUGAGUUAUAUAGAUAACCCAUAUACCACAAGGCUACGCAGAGGCCUACAUGUGAACAUCCCCUCCCAGUCUAAAAAUAAACGAAUGAAUACUAGUAGCAAAUCUGUCUCAGUUUAGUUAGCCUAGAGUUUACACCCAGUUGUAAACUGUCUGUAUUUUAAUUCAUGAGGGUGCCUCUUGACCUUGACAAAGAUACUGCGCCUACCUCCUCUAAAAGUGUUCUUGACUUGGCUAAAUGGUUUUAGUUCUGUUUUUUAACCAUGGAAAUAAUUCUGUCAUCAUCCACUUCAGCUGUCUUCUGUGAUCUAGACGACCUUUUGGUGUUGCUGAGCUGGCCGGUGCAUUCCAGAUUGUUAAUUUGGCCACUCCUAAAGUUUUUGCUAUGUUUACUUUGUUUGUCUCUUGUGCUAACAUCUCUUCAGGCCUUUUAUUGUCAAUUACAGUGAAAAGCUAUAAAAUACAAACACCUUCAGAUAUCAUAUCUGCUUCAUUUGUCACAAGGGAACAAUUGUCCAUUUAGUUUUCAGCCUCUGACGAUCGGAGAGCACGUAUAAAAGUUAGUGCAAACUUUUGGUAAAGGCUUUGAAUUAAAGCUGAAAUCCUGCACUUUAAUCGCUUAAUGAAUGUUUAAAAUCCACCCUGAUAGUGUAGAAAGACAGAAAUACUUCAAUUGCGUCUUUUUCCAAACGAUUAUGGACCUAACUGUCUGUAUAUGCGUGUAUUCACAUGUGUGGCUGUAGCUCAUGUGGCAGAGCAGGUCAGCCACUAACCAGAGGUUGGUGGUUCGAUCCCAGGCUGCUCCAGUCUGCAUGCCAAAUAUCCUUGGGCAAGAUACUAACCCCAUGUUGCUCUCUGAUGCGUUCAUCGGAGUGUGAAUGUGUAUGAAUGGUAGAUACUUAGCACUUAAUACUCAGAAAAAAGUGCUUGUGUGAAUGGGUGUAAAUGUAUUAGUUGUAUAAAGCUUUGAGUGCUCAGAAAGAGUAGAAAAGCGCUAUAUAAGAACCAGUCCAUUUACCACAUGUGUAUGAUGGUGAGAAUUUGUAUGUGCGUGAUUGGUGUGGAGAGUGACGAGAUGUGUGUUGCCUCUUCUGUCUGCCCUCAGCUGUCACAGUGUGGUGUGAUGUCCGCUUUCAGUCAGUUCUCACGCCAAGGAUCAUACUGAAAACACACUCUUCUUCUAUGUUACCCUUCACACACACAGCACUCGCAGCGGCAGCCAAACUGUGUCACUGCUGAAAUGAUUUGUCGAAUAAUCCAGACAGUUAGCAAAUAAUUGACUCAUUAAAUUAUUUUUCUGCCAAACAUUUUCUAAUUGUCGGCUUCUCAAAUCGGGGGAAUCUUUCUUGUAGAAUUGAAAAUCUUUGAAUACGAUGGAUUCUUGUUUAUUUUUUAUUUCAUAUUUAAAAAAUGAAGGACAUUUUAUUUCUUGCUACAAUUAUUAAACCUUACACUGUCAGAUAAAGUGCUCUUUACAUUUAGACCCCUUUCUGUUGUCAGGCUGGGCGGAUGUUAAUGACACGGCCUUGAUUGCGUAGUCACACUGAUUGUAUCGCCUUAUACAACAGCCACAGUUAUGUGCAAGACAAUACAACAUGAAGUAUUGUAUGUUGUGAGUUUAACUGGUGUUCCUCCUAAAGUCUCUUAUGUUAAUUCUAGAAAGUAAACUCUUAUCAGUCUGGUCUCAAGCACUGAAGUAUGUGAGGUAUUGUGUCAUUGCAUAAAACACCCAAUUAACAUCAAGAAUGGUUUAAGUAGGGGUUGGAGCCAGCAUCAAUAUAUUUCACACGGGUCCAUAAGGAAGAUGUAAAAAUGUUUAAAAGCAGUCAGUAAACAACAAAUGUUGCCAUGACCACUUCAUCUCAUAACUUUAUGCUGGGGUCCACCAAAGAGAAAACAUAUUAUUAGAUGCUGAAAAGAUGAAUGUGACUGGAAGGAGAUUUUAUGUGCACAGUAAAGUUUAGCAGUAACCCCCUGGUAUAUUGAAUAUUAGCUUGUUGUGAAUGGGUCUGCACCUCAUUGUUCUUUACGUAAAAUCCGCAUUAGCUGUCUCUGCUCACAUAGGUCUGCCCACCUACUGUUAUUUCUCAAUAAUCCCUGCAGAUAGAAAAGAAAAGAAAAGCACUACACGCUACAUAGCUGGUUAGCUUCCUAUGGGGCAGUGUGUGUGUGUGUGUGUGUGUACGCAUCCUUGUGUGUGCAAGAGAAGGUGUUCAAGUUCAGAGCCGUGAAAAUUGUUACAUUUGGGCCACGGCAUGGCCAGUGUUAGUUACAUAAGACCCCCCUUUCCAUUGUGCAACUGUGUUUAUUUGGUUUUCCAGCAAAUGCUUUGGUAAAGAGGUGAAUCUCGUAGAGAGGCUCAGGAGGAUACACAGGCCUCUGAGGUGGAGCAGAUGAAGUAUUUUGUUGGCACUGCACUUGGAAAAAAGACAUCAACAGUGUUGGGAAAUGCUCUGGGGACUGCAUGGGGAGGUGCUGCAUUUUUUUUUCUUUUACAUUCAUGUAGAGAAUGCUAUGCUAGUGCUCCUAUUGUGUAUAAUGUUUUCACUUUCCCUGUGGAAAGAAUUUUCGAAUUUCACUCCUGUGUCAAUCUGUGGCCAAAUACCUCACCUUUAUCUGAUCCUAUAUUGCCUCUGUUGGGUUCUUUUGAAGCUGCUGUAUGUUUAUACAGACUCCCUGUGCAGCCUGUGAAUACCUACACCCUUGCACAAUACUUGGAUUAUAUGAUGAUAGACACAGUAAAAAUGACAGCAGGCUGUGGUUCACCGCAGCUGAUGCUCCUUAAUUCAUGCGUGCAUUUUGGUGCACAUAUAAUUUGUAUCUUAAUGUUGUUACCAAGUAUUAAAUACAGCUGCCCUCAGCAAGCAGCAGGCAUGUUUUGCCUUUUGAAAUCACCUAGCAACAAAAUGCAGCUACAGGAAGUAAAAGUUGAUUGACUCCAGGGUUUCAAAAACAUCCUUUUUUUGUUGUUUUUAAAUCUCUGCUGUGGCCCGCGUCCACCCUUGGCAGCCCGGAGAGGUCGGUGUUUAGCGCGAAGGGGAAAUCGGCUCUGACAGAAUGACAAGGUUCUCCGCUUCUUAGUGCUUACCAUAAACUCAUCUAAUUGCUCUGAGGCUCCAAACCCACAAUAAGAAGUCAUCUGCUGGGGCCCACAGCAGUGGGAGGCUCCAGGAGACUUCCGGAAAACUGGGAAGAAAAAGCCUCACGCAUGUGACACACACACACACACACACACACACACACACACACACACACACACACACACUGAGCUUGUAAAUUUAUCAUUGACAAACAGAAACUUUUCCUCAUGCAGCUCCUUGUACAGACCCACGUUUGCUAUUGGCUAAUUCUCUUCUCCUUUGCAGACUUUUGAUGGGAUAGACUUAAACAUAUGUAUUUGCUUGUGUGUUUAUGUGUGUGUGCCAUCUUAUCUGUGUCAUUAGACCAGACACUGUGGGGGAGAAGUCACACCAGUCUGGCCGGUCUCUCUGCCUUACUGGAAACAGUCCUGGCAGGUGAUCACAGAUCAGGGGCUGCAGGGUCAGGAGGCAGACUGGGGAACUGGAAUCCUGUUGGCCAGCAGAGGAUGUUCAUAGCAGCUGGUUAUUCGACUGGAUCAGCACAUUAACCCUCCAGGAAGCAUGAUUGCCAGUAUCAGCUUUAAAGACGGAGGCAAUGAAAGGGGCUCUGAAGGAUUUAAAUCUGAACAUUGUGGAAAUGACUGAUGAGAAUGCGACACUGGAUGGAGGAGAUGUCCUUUUUACGGGUCGAGAGUUCUUCGUGGGACUUUCCAAACGGACCAAUCAGAGAGGAGCAGAGAUCUUAGCAGAUGCAUUUAAGGACUAUGCUGUUUCCACUGUGCCUGUGCUCGAAGGCCUGCACCUGAAGAGCUUCUGCAGCAUGGGAGGACCAGGCCUUAUUGUAAUCGGCUCCAGUGAACCAGCACAGAAAGCCCUCAAAAUAAUGCAGCAGAUGAGUGACCAUCGCUACGACAAACUGACAGUACCCGACGACCUCGCCGCCAACUGCAUCUACAUGAACCUGCCCAGCAAGGGACACGUGCUUCUACACUGCACAGCAGAGGAGUUUCCAGAGAGUGCAAAGGUGUUUGAGAAGCUGAAGGACCACAUGCUGAUACCCAUGUCCAACUUGGAGAAGGUCAAAGUGGAUGGAGCCCUAACAUGCUGCUCUGUACUCAUCAACAAGAAGGCAAACAUCUGAGCGGGGUUACUCGGGGUCUCUCAGUGCAUGGUAACCAAGCGGAGCCUUUAACUAAUCACCAUGGAUCCCAAGGUUUGACCAUCCUGGUAUACAGAGGAGGUGUAGGGAAGUUUAAUGUUGCUGAGGGGCAAAGGGAGUAAUCUGUCUACCCUUUCACUCCAAAACACUAAAAUAAAAUUAAAAGUUUGAAAGAAUAGUUCAGUUGAUUUAAAAUACAAUAUGUUUGUCAAAUUUUCUCCUUAUUAAUUCAUUUGUAUUUUCCAAUAGCAUAUGCUGCUUCACUUGUAUACAAGCUGUUGUCAUUAAUUACAAGUGUAUCUGAUAAAGACCUGAUCCCAGAUCAGAUUAGUCAACCAUGUGCCAUGUUGAAUUUCCCCUUUAACCUGCACAGCAGGUAGAACCACAUUAGUAGAACCACACUUACUUACUGUCCAGUGUUUACAACUCUGAACCACACAGAACAGAGCGCUGGCGACAAACCCAGUGGGACCUGUCAGCUGUUGUCUCUGUACAGUAUGGUCUUACCAACAUUUGACUUCAGAUGUAUUAAUAAUUCAGCUAAUUCAGACAUAAUUUGGGUACAAAUAAAAAUAAUACAAUUGAUAUGCAUUGUUUAUGGCCACCCUUUUAACUGUGAUUUAAUUUUUCUGUGUGUUUGCUUAUGUAAUGAAUUAUACACUAAUUCUUCAAGAACUGUGUUUUGGAGCAAGUCCUGCUACGAUGUGAUAUAAAAUCUCAAUGUGAUUGUUGCAGUUACACUUUUUUUUCCUCUUGUAUGUCAAAUUGCUUCUGUUCUAUGGUGGCCCUGAGAGGCCAAAUGGACUGCAACUUAAGAAAACACCAGCAAUAAGAAAAAUGCUUCAAAAGCACACAAAACACAACGGAAAUAGGAAAAACGA